AUGACCGCCCCUCGGUCGUCCGCCCUGCGCGCUCUGCGUCUUCUCUCGCAGCAGCACACCGCUACGCCGGCCAUCCGCCGUACCUUGCACAUCACCGGCGCCAACUCCGCCCAACCCGCCAAUGUCUCCGAUCGUACCUCCCUCUAUUCCACUCGCUCUCUGGCCGAUCUCAAAUCCGAAUGCCAGAAACGCGCGCUGCGUACGUCUGGUACCCAAGCAGAGCUCGUCGAACGUCUAGCCAACCAUGACUUCCUCCAAUCCCGCGCCUUCAGCAUCGCCAUGCGCCGCAUCAAUGGCUCUUCCCAGGUAGACCACGCCCGCCAAUUCAACACCUCGCGCGCUCAAAAGGCCGUCAAUGACUCAUCCACCGUCGACUUUGUCUACAUGCCCUCCAUGGCCGACAUCGACGCCCCGGCGCCGCGUCCCGACCCACGCAUUCCGAUCCUUCCCGACUCCUACUCCCACCACCUCCAGGCCCCCGCCCCCGGCAGCGCCCCCAUGAAGCCCCAGGUCUACACCGUCUCCGGGGACGGCGCCGACGUCGCCGCCAGCCCCAUGACCGAGGUCGUCGACAACCACGCCGUGGAUAUCGACCCGUUCUCGCUCACGGAAGCGGUGGGCAAGUCGCGCUACGGGGCACAGCUGCAGAACCAGGGGUCGCAGGAGCCGGGCGUCAUGCGGGAAUUGUGGAGUGGGUUCUUAGAUGAUCUGCUCGGGCCUAAACAGCAGAGUCAGAAACAGUGA